AAACGAACCCCCACCCUGGACCUGCGAGUGCCGAAUUUGCGGUUAGGCGGGUCGGUACGGUUUUGGAGCAGCACCUACCGCCAUGGAGACGGAGCCGGAAACGGCGGCCGACUCCACCCCUCCUCCUCCGCCGCCACCUCCGCUGCUAUCUCCGCCUCCUGCCUCUUCUCCUCCUUGUCCAUCUGCUGUCAUAGAGGAAUCUGCUUCUAAAUCCCCGGCUGCAAAGGGAGGAGCGAAAGAUCCUGGGGCGGCGGCGGCGGGAGGAUCAGCCAGUGGAGGCGGAGGUGGUGGGGGAGCGGCGCCGGCGGAUGACCGAGUGAAGGGACCGUGGUCGCCGGAGGAGGACGCGUUGCUGGGCAAUCUGGUGAAAAAGUUCGGGGCGAGGAACUGGAGUCUGAUCGCACGGGGGAUCCCCGGCCGCUCUGGCAAAUCGUGCCGUCUCCGGUGGUGCAACCAACUCGACCCUUACGUCAAACGCAAGCCCUUCACUGAGGAAGAGGAUCGUAUCAUAAUUGCUGCCCAUGCAAUCCAUGGUAACAAGUGGGCAUCAAUUGCCAGGCUUUUGGACGGGAGAACAGACAAUGCAAUAAAGAAUCACUGGAAUUCCACACUGAGGCGUAGAUGUUUUCAGGCUGAGCAGUACAAAGCAGCAACAUGUGAUGCUGUGCAAGAUGCUAGUGCAGAGAAAGCCAAAGAAUCUUCAGAAGGAAGUCCAUCAAUUGGGGAUGUUAAUUCCUUCAAGUCCUUGGAAGGAAGAGACAUUAAUUCGAGGGGGAACAUGUCUGACAAUUCUGAAAACAUAGUCCAAGUCAGAGAUGGCCCUUCUGAAGUAAAAGAUCCACCUUACCUGUUCCGACCAGUUGCUAGAGUAAGUGCCUUCCGACCAUAUAAUCAUGCGUUUGAUCUGUCAAGUGGUUCUUUAGUGUCAGGACCAGUUCAGUUGCAUGGACUGCUAUCCCAAGCCUUUCAAGCUGGCAGUGGAGUCUGCAAAUUGCUUGAUGGUAACUGUAGUGAACCUCAGGUGCCACCCCAAUGUGGGCAUGGCUGCUGUAGCAUUCAGAAUGAUGGACAUCCUCGGAACUCUUUGCUGGGCCCUGAGUUUGUUGAAUUUGUGGAGCUGCCACCCAUUUCAAACCAAGAAUUGUUUUCAGUAGCCUCGGAUUUAAGCAGCAUUGCCUGGCUUAAAAGCGGCUUGCAGGUCAGUAGCAGCUGUAUAUAUAGUGGUUCACCUGGUCAGAUAGCUCCGCCAGGGGGACAUGUGCAAUGAGUACAAGAGAGGAUUACAAGGAUGAUCACUUGCAACCUUCCAAUAAAACUAAUCACUUGCAGCUUUACAGUAAAACUAAGUUAAUGAGUUCAUGGUUACUGAAGUCUUUUCACAUAUUGCAAGGUUGCAUUUUCAUCUAGUAGCUGAACUUGAGAUGCAUGAACCAAGCAAAGUUCCAGUUGAAAUAUGGUAAGAGGGGAUUAGGAUUCAAUGUGGAGAUGGUAAAACUGAUGUUUAUCCAUAGAACAAUAAACUAGCAAGUUGCUUAGGACAAUCCUAGAGAUCUUGAUGGGGCAGAAAAUAUUUUUGAUUUUCGUGAUGUCCGUUAUGAACUAUGAUACAUUUUUUUUGGUUUUUGUAAAGAUAAUACAUGAACAGUUAACAAACAGAAAUAUGCCCUCUUUCAGCUUCUAUAAGAGGAAAUAUGCUCCUUUUAUAAUGCAGUACGGAGACAUCGAUGUGUGGUUUUGACCUCUUUGAUCGAUGUGUUAUGUGUGUAUAUAUCACUCCUAGUAUGAAACACUCUAGAGCAUAGAAAUUGAUUCUUUUAGAGAACCUUCUACAUCAA